GCAAACCAAAAUGGCUGCCAGACGAAGGUCAUCAGUGAGUGCGAGAGCGCAAUCAGUUGAUUUAGAAAACUUGUAUCCUCAUAAUCAUUUAUUUGUUUUAAAGCCAGAUAAUCCAUUUCGCAAAGCAUGUGUUUCGAUUUGCACUUCUAAAACGUUUGAGUCUUUUAUAAUGUUAGUCAUUGCUGGAAACUGUGUCAUGAUGGCUAUGAAUACUCCUUUACCGAAUGAUGAUAAAUCAAAUCUCAACAUAAAACUGGAGGCACUUGAUGUUUACUUGCUUGCUAUAUUUAUGGUUGAAGCAUUUUUAAAGAUUGUAUCUCAAGGUUUUAUUUUGCAUCGAAAUUCUUAUAUGCGAACCCCCUGGAAUAUUCUUGAUUUUGUUGUUAUUGUUACAGGUAUUCUGCCAUAUGCAGGUCUUCAAGGUGGGCCAACUAAAGUUAUAAAAGCUGCAAAAGUUUUAAGACCUCUUAAACUUGUUUCUGGAGUACCAAGUUUACAGCUGGUCAUGAGUGCUAUUUUAAAGUCAAUGGGAUCAUUAAUGGAGAUUUCACUUCUUAUUGGAUUUGUUAUAGUUAUUUAUGCAAUAAUUGGAAUUUCACUACUCAUGGGAAUGCUUCGUCAAACAUGUGUUUAUACAUCCAACAAUACAAUUGCAUAUGAUCAAUUUUUAUGUGGUACAAGUGAUACUGGUGGAAGACCAUGUCCUGAUGGUACAGAGUGUCUAAAGUUUUGGUCCGGUCCAAGUUCUGGGAUAACAAGCUUUGAUAACAUUUUACUUGGAUGUAUUACAGUGUUUCAGUGUAUGACAGGUGAAGGGUGGACUGAUAUUAUGUAUGCGGUAUUUAAAGUGUUUGAUUAUAAGGCACGCUUUACAUGGGUAUAUUUUUAUUCACUUAACGUAAUUGGAGCUCAAUUUAUGUUAAACCUGGUUUGUGGUGUACUGAGUGGAGAGUUUAGCAAAGAAAAUGAACGUGUAGCAAAUCGUGAUGAGUUUUUAAGACAGCGAGCUGAAUUAGCUGCUGAGAGAGCAGCAGAGAAGUAUGAAGGAUGGGUUGAUGAAGGCGAACUUGCUGCAGCUAAAGAGCUAGAAGAAAGUUUGAAAAUACAAGAACAAAUAGAAGAUCAGGGAGAAGUUAUUGUUCCACCCCUUACUGGUCUGCAACAAUUUCUUCUACGAAAUGCUGUUGUCAGAGCCAAGUUAAAAGCAUUCAUGUUAUCUAAUUUUAUGUACUGGCUUGUCAUUGGACUAGUUUUUUUGAAUAGUGUAUCUGGUAUGAUGCAAUAUUAUCAACAGAGUCAAUGGAUUAGUGAUGUUAUAAGCAUUACAGACAAUUUUUUUUUGGCAUUUUUCUUUUUGGAAAUGUGCUUGAAGUUUUAUGCUUUGGGACCCAUAGAAUAUUUCCAAUCAAAAUUUAAUUUUUUUGAUUGUGUGGUUGUGUUUGCCAGCAUAAUAAAUUGGCUUUUGAGCAGGUUUUUGAAUAUUAAUCUGGGCGUAUCUGUAUUACGUCAACUUCGACUUAUGAGGUUAUUCAAAUUCACAUCACAUUGGAGCUCAUUAAAGAUCUUAAUUGCCUCAAUCUUAGCUAGUAUGACAUCAAUUAUGAGUUUAGUGGUCUUACUGCUUCUUUUUCUUAUGAUCUUUGGAUUACUUGGAAUGCAACUUUUUGGUGGUCAAUUAUAUGGGACUAACCCUCGAUCAAACUUUGACGAUUUUUUCAAUGCAGUGUUAACAGUUUUUCAAAUUGUUACUGGGGAAGAUUGGAAUAACACAAUGUAUGAAGGGAUUAAUGCCAUGGGAGGAGCAUUAAAUGCUGUUGGACUUGCUGUUUCAUUGUAUUACAUAUUGUGUACAUCACUUGGAAAUUUUGUUUUGUUAAAUGUGUUUUUGGCCAUUGCUGUAGACAACAUUUCACUGACUGCAGAUGAAAAAGAACAGGUUGAAGAAGAAAAUGGAGCUCGUGAAGAACAUUUAAAAGAAAUUCAUGAAAAGUAUUCUUCCAGCAUAAAUGAAGAAGAAGAAGAAGUAGAAAUUGAUGAAAUUAACGAAGAAAAUAUUGUUGGAGAAUUCGAUUCUUAUCCAAGCAAUGGUACUGUGGCCAAGCCUGGUGACAACUUUUUAGAGAAUUUAAAAAACCCUGCUCGAAUGCUUCCACAACCAUUCAAACCUAAAAUACUUGAUCAAAGAACAUUAUUUUUUUUAGAACCUACAAAUAUAAUAAGAAGAAUAGUUCAUGAAAUAAUAUCAUAUGCUUACUUUGAUAAUAUUAUUCUUGCGUUGAUUCUUAUAAGUAGUGCUUUGUUGGCGUGUGAAGAUGUUACAGAUCCAGAUGCUCUUGUGAAUAUAAUUCUUGGUUAUUCUGACUAUGGCUUUACUGCAAUAUUUACUUUGGAAGCUUUACUGAAAAUUAUAAACUUUGGUGGUUUUUUGCAUCCUGGUUCAUUCUUUCGAGAUGCUUGGAAUUGUGUUGACAUGUUUGUUGUCACUUGUUCUAUCAUGUCUAUUAUACUAAGUAUGAAUAAAAAGACUGCAUCAAAAACAAUCAAGCUAAUUAUAAAGGUUCUACGUAUCUUGCGAGUCCUGAGACCAUUGAAAGUAAUUAAUAAACUUCCAAAAUUAAAAGCUGUGUUUGUUUGCAUGAUCUUUUCAUUAAAGAAUGUUGUCAUGGUGCUGAUUAUAACAGCUCAACUUUUGCUGAUUUUUUCUAUUAUGGGAGUACAAUUGUUUUCUGGGCUAUAUUGGUACUGCACAGAUGAAUCUAAAGAUAAUCAAAAUGAUUGUGUGGGGUAUUAUAUCACAUUUGCAUCAAAUAACUACAAUCAACCCAUUGAAUACAAUAGGGAAUGGUUGCUGUACACUUUCAAUUUUGAAGAUACAGUGUCAGCUUUUAUUACUUUGUUUACAUCUUCAACUGGUGAUGGAUGGUACAUACAUAUGCAGCAUGGAAUAGAUAGCACAGAAGAACAUCAUGGUCCUAUCAGAAAUAAUAAAAUAUGGGUUUCCAUUUACUUUCUUAUGUUUGUUGUUAUUUUUUCAUUUUUCUUCAUCAAUGUUUUUGUUGGUAUGAUCAUUCUUACAUUUCAAGAGUUAGCAGCAGCUGAAAGUGGUCUUGAACUUGAUCGAAACACUAAAAACAGUUUAAUUUUUGCAAUGACUGCAAAACCAAUGGAGCGUUUUAUGCCUGAAGACAUCAAAAGUUUAAAGUAUACUGCAUGGUCUUUAAUUGAGUCUCAACCCUGGGAAACAUUGAUAACAUCUCUAAUCAUAAUGAACAUUAUCACCAUGGUCAUUGAGUAUGAAGGUGAACCACAGAGUUUUAACGAUUUUAUGGCUUCUGUCAGUACAAUAUUUUCUUUUGUAUUUGUUUUUGAGUUUGCUAUCAAGUUUUUUGCUUUAGGCUUUAACUAUUUUAAAGACUUUUGGAAUGUGUUUGAUAUGUUUAUUGUAUUUGGUGGACUUUUAGAUUUUUGCAUUAAAAAAUUUUUUCCUGAGUCAAACUUUCCUACUAGCAUAUUUCGUUUGUUUCGUGCUUUAAGAUUAGUUAAAUUGCUACGAAGAAGUCGCUCAUUGAGAAUUUUGCUUUGGACUUUUUUAAAGUCAUUUCAGGCAUUACCUUAUGUUGGCAUGCUUAUUUUUCUAUUAUUUUUUGUGUAUGCUAUUAUUGGAAUGCAGGUUUUUUCUCAAAUUUCAAUUGAUUCAUCGGUUGAUCCAUGGGCCCAAAUAAACGAAGACAACAAUUUUAGAUCUUACUUUAGCUCAACACAAGUUUUGUUUAGAAUUGCUACAGGAGAAAACUGGCCAAACAUCAUGAAAGCUUGUUCAACUGGAGCUAAGUGUGAUUUAAACAUGAAAUCUUAUGAUGGUUCUUCUGAUCAGUGUGGGACCCCUCUUGCUUACAUUUACUUUAUUUCAUUUAUAUUUUUUUGCACCUUUUUGAUGUUAAAUUUAUUUAUUGCUGUUAUCAUGGAUAAUUUUUCGUUUUUAACUGAAGAUUCAAGUAUUCUUGGGCCUCAUCAUUUAGAUGAGGUAGUUACCGUGUGGUCUGAUUUUGAUCCUCGAGCCACUGGACGAAUAAAGCAUACAGAAGUGUGUGAAUUGCUACGACAAAUGGCUCCACCAGUAGGUUUAGGAAGAAAAUGUCCAAAAAUUUUGGCAUACAAGCGGCUAGUGAAAAUGAAUAUGACUUUAUAUAAAGAUGGCUCAGUAGACUUCACUGGACUAUUUUUUGCAUUAGUGCGCACAGGUCUGCAAGUGUAUACUGAAAAUGCAAAUUUGAAAAGCAAUGAGCUUGCAUUUCGUAAAAUGUUAAAACGAGAGUUUCCAAAUAUUUCAAAACGAACUACAGAUCUUAUAAUCCCUAGAACUCCAAAAGAUUCCACACACAUGACUAUUGGAAAGGUUUAUUCUGCUAAACUUAUUUGGGAAAACUACAAAAAUAUGAGAAAAAACAAUCAAAGGAGAAAAUCAAUAUACAUUACUGAAGCUAUUUCAAGCGAUACCUAACCGCAGUUAAUGUUAAUUGUAACAGAUUCUAAGAGUUUUAAAAGAUACAUGAAAACUCGGUAGCAAGAAAUUAGUUACGUUUUAACGAAAUAUAAUCUGGCCCAUAAUGACAUUCUGUUGUUGUGUUAAAAGUAGCUCAUUACAUGCAUAACAAGAUGUUUAUCUAGUUUCAUAAAUCUAUACUUUAUUUGUUAACAAAUUAAUUUAUUUAAUUUUUUUUUUUUUAUUGGAUUUAAUUUAUUAUAUUGAUGUUGUUGUUUUUUUGUAAUAUAUUUAAUCUAUUAUUAAUAUACAUAUUUAUAUACUUAUUUACUCAUAUUUUAUUGUAAUAAUUUUAAUUUGUAUGUAAAUUUUACGAAGUAUUCGUAUCUUUGUA